CCCGCGCGCGCGCACACACACUCGUCCUGUCCGCGCAUCCGCAGCGUCGCGCUCGCUCUAUCUCUCUCUCUCGCCCGCGGCUGACGCGCUGACGCGGGCCGCUCCUGCUGGAUAUGUGCAUGUUAUAGUCGUAGGUUGAAGGCCAGGAGACAUGCCGGUGUGAAGCGGGCUCAGAUAUCUGUAUCUUCCGCGUUAUCUUCGCUAAGCGCGGGUCCGAGCGCCGGUGCGGAGCGCGCGGCCUGUAAACACAAGAUGUCGACCAGAACGCCAUUGCCCACCGUCAACGAGCGCGACGCCGAGAAUCACACGUCUGUGGAUGGCUAUGCGGACACACCAGCCCCCCCCACCAAAUCAGCGAGUCGCCAGAGUCUCCCGCGCUGUAGGAACUCAGUGGCGUCCAUCACGGACGAGCAGCCGCACAUCGGGAACUACCGACUGCUCAAAACCAUCGGCAAAGGGAACUUUGCUAAAGUCAAACUGGCCCGCCAUAUUUUAACAGGAAGAGAGGUAGCAGUGAAGAUCAUUGAUAAAACACAGCUGAACCCCACAAGUCUACAAAAACUCUUUCGUGAAGUGAGGAUUAUGAAGGUCUUAAAUCAUCCUAAUAUAGUUAAGUUAUUUGAAGUCAUUGAAACAGAGAAGACGCUGUAUUUAAUAAUGGAGUAUGCGAGUGGAGGUGAAGUGUUUGACUACUUAGUGGCUCAUGGGAGGAUGAAAGAGAAGGAAGCCAGAGCAAAGUUUCGGCAGAUCGUGUCCGCAGUGCAAUAUUGCCACCAGAAGAGAAUAGUCCACAGGGAUCUCAAGGCUGAAAACUUGCUGCUAGACGCGGACAUGAACAUAAAGAUCGCAGACUUCGGCUUCAGUAACGAGUUCACGAUCGGGAGUAAGCUGGACACGUUCUGCGGCAGUCCUCCGUACGCGGCUCCCGAACUCUUCCAGGGCAAGAAGUACGACGGGCCCGAGGUGGACGUCUGGAGUCUGGGGGUGAUCCUCUACACGCUGGUCAGCGGGUCGCUUCCCUUCGACGGACAGAACCUGAAGGAGCUGCGAGAGAGGGUGUUGCGAGGGAAGUAUCGCAUACCCUUCUACAUGUCCACAGACUGUGAAAACCUUCUGAAGAAACUCUUGGUGCUUAACCCAGGCAAACGGGGAAGUCUAGAGCAAAUCAUGAAGGACCGCUGGAUGAAUGUGGGUCACGAGGAAGAGGAGCUGAAGCCGUAUACAGAACCCGAGCCCGACUUCAGCGACACCAAACGCAUAGAACUGAUGAUCACCAUGGGUUUCCCUAAAGACGAGAUCACAGAGGCGUUAGUGGGGCAGAAGUAUGAUGAGGUCAUGGCCACGUAUCUCCUGCUGGGCAGGAAACCUCCAGAGUUUGAAGGGAGCGAUUCGCUGUCCUCCACAAACCUGUGUCAGAGGUCCCGCCCCAGCAGUGACCUGAACAACAGCUCCACGCCGUCUCCCGCUCACUCCAAAGUCCAGCGCAGCAUCUCGGCCACGCAGAAACAGCGCCGCUUCAGCGACCACGUCGCCCCGUCCAUCCCCCCGACCGUGUCCUACACCAAGCGCUCGCAGGCCAACAGCGUGGAGGGGGAGAAGAAGGAGGAGUGGGACGCGUCCCGUAAGCUGGCCUCCUCCAGCUCCAAAGCAGACGUGGCCGUCUCUCCUCUGGUGGCCCAGGAGCGCAGGAAGACCUCGGCCGCAGGGAACAGCGCUGCCGGGAUGACCAGGAGGAACACGUAUGUGUGUGAGAGAUCCAGCACAGAGCGGCACUCGGCGAUCCCUAACGGCAAAGACAGCAGCUUGACGGAGAUGUCGGGCUCUGCGAGCGCCUCUUCCUCGGUGUCUCCCGGGGGCUCCUCGGCUGGGGCCUCCACUCGCCCGCGCCACGUCAAGUCCAUGUCCGCCUCGGGACACCCCAACAAGUCCCCGCUGCCGCCCAUCGAGGACAACACGGAGUUCAAGGGGGCCCCGUCCACGUCUCCGUCAGCGCACAGCAUCAGCAGCAUGACCCCGGACCGGACCCGCUUCCCCCGGGGCACCUCGAGCCGGAGCACCUUCCACGGGGCGCAGCUCAGAGACCGGCGCAGCGCCACCUACAACGGCCCCCCCGCCUCGCCCACGCUGUCCCACGACACCGGCGCCCUCGCCCAGGCCCGGCGCGGGGCCUCCUCGGGCUUCAUCAGCAAGAUCACCUCAAAGUUUGUGCGGAGAACGCUGUCUUUCAGAACGGCGAGGUUGCCCAGUGAAGGAGAGGCCCGCGGUCGGGCGUACAGUCUGAGGAGCGGAUCCGGAGAACCCAAGGAGGAGGGUCGCGACUCCAAGCCGAGGUCGCUGCGCUUCACCUGGAGCAUGAAGACCACCUCGUCCAUGGAGCCGGGAGACAUGAUGAGAGAGAUCCGCAAGGUGCUGGACGCCAACAACUGCGACUACGAGCAGCGCGAGCGCUUCUUGCUCUUCUGCGUUCACGGAGACGCGCGGCAGGACAGCCUCGUCCAGUGGGAGAUGGAGGUCUGCAAACUGCCCCGCCUGUCCCUCAACGGGGUCCGCUUCAAGCGCAUAUCGGGGACCUCCAUCGCCUUCAAGAACAUCGCUUCCAAAAUUGCCAAUGAGCUCAAGCUGUAAGAGAAGGGUUCGAAAAAUAUGACACUAAAAAGGAGUUUCGCCAGGAAGUUUGAGCGCCAUUUUUGAGUUCCUGCUUCUGUACGCUACUGCUGUAAUGUUUAGUGGAGACAAAAAAUAUGAAUGCAAAAAGAUGAGAAAACGCUCUAGCCCCGAUCUUCAUGACCUCUAGCAUUAUACGCCUGGUUAAAACAACCAUCUUGCAAUAAUAUCGAUACCCUUUCAGGGUCGGCAGGACAGAAAAUCUGUCGAGCUAAUUAUCGUAACGAACUUCAAACCGACUUUUUCCACAUGUACAGUUCAGAUUUAGAAUGUUUUUGUUGUAUUGAAUUGAUCAUAGAGUUGUAUAAAACAAGACUUUCAGCCUACUUAUGUGGAGGUGUUGUAUAGUCACUAUUGAGCUCUGUACAGAAAAAUUAUGUUCAAUGUGUCAUACUUGUUUAGUUUGUUGCUUUUCCCCUUGUUUUUUUAGACUGACACCACCCAGUUUUAAUAGUUCUUUUAUAUGUUCUCAACUUUUGUGUAUGCAACAAUGGAAAUUCUAUUAUUUUCUCACCCUCAUCCGAUCAAGCCCGUAUGCUGUUAUUUUUCAUGAAAGAAGAACAUUUUAAAGAAUUGUUCCAUAAUGACCAGCACCAAAAAUGACAUAAAAA